AUGACGGACAUUGCAGUUCAGGCCAUGGAGGCCCUGCAUAAUUGUCGCUGCUGCUUGCGACGCCCUCCGGAUAAGGGUCUCAAGACGAUGUACGAGUCUGUUGGGAAAACUGAAGUUUAUUGGGAAAUGCUGAAACAGUGCUUCGACAUACGUUGCGGCAUCUGCGAGGUGUGUGUGAACCGCCUCCGCGACGCCAAUGACUUCAAGAAUCAGGUGCAGCAAAGCCAGAUUGACCUUAAGUCUCUGUUGGAGCGAGCACUGGCUGAGAAAGACAAAAAACCAGCCAUUGUUAAGGUGGAGAUUGUAGAAGAUCCCAUCAGCGCCGACGAGCCUUUGAUACGUGAAGAUCCCAAAAAGGAAUUCAAAGCAGAGAGUGAUGGCGACUUGGUGUCAAAGCGCGAUGGUGGCGCCUCGACAGCCUUCGAGCGUCGGUUCGAGGCCGAACGCACUGGCCCGCCGUACAAGUGCCAAACUUGUCGGAAAACAUUUGAACAAGAAGAGAGUCUCACAAGGCACACCUUUGCUAUCCAUGCCAAACAUGAACUGCAGACCAAAGGAGCCGUACAUGACAUCACGGAACCUCCGACCGCGCAAAAUAUCCAUACAUCCACCUUGAACGCGCACAAGCGCUUCCACACCGGAGAAAAGCCUUAUACCUGUGAAUGGUUCACAGAUGUCACUGAUUUAACUGCACAUAUGGAGAUCCACAAGGUCACGUCCGACGAGUCGAGUGACGACGAACUCACUUGCAAAAUAUGCGACAAACAGUUCUCCGAGAAAGCACACUUGAAGAAACACGAGCUAAUCCAUACGGACGAGAAAAAUCACAUGUGUGAAUUAUGGCUGUUAUUCACCGCAGCGACACCUUGCGUGGACAUUGCGUCCGAGUCGGAGCUCGAUGAGGCGUCGCACAAGUGCCAAACUUGUCGCAAAACAUUUGACAACGAAGAAAGCCUCAAGAGGCAUACGUUUGCAGUCCACGCCAAACACGAAUUUCCAGUUCCCACCAAAAUAAUACACACAUGCAAAUUCUGCUGUCAAUGGUUUGAUGAAAAGAGCGAUUUGAAAAAACACAUGGAGGUUCAUAAGGUAUCACCUAAUGAGAUCAUUGAUGGACAGUUCUCUUGCGAUAUAUGUGACAAGCAGUUUGCAGAAGAAUCUCACUUGAAGGAGCAUGAGUUAGACCACGCUGUCUACAGAAGACUGUCGACUGGAGAAGAACACGAUGAAUUCGACGAUGGAGCGGUUCCUAAUUGUAGCAAGAAAAAGAAAAAGGACGACAUGUGCAGAAUGUGUGACGAACACAAACCAAGAACAAUCUACCCUUGUGAACUGUGCGAAAAACGUUUUAGAAGCAGCAAUGGUUUAAAAUCGCACAUGAUGGUACACACGGGCGAAAGACCUCACUGGUUUACAGAGAAAAGCGACUUAGAAACUCAUAUGGAGAUUCAUAAGGUUGAAGAGGACUUAACGGAUGACCAACUUUCUUGUGAAGUGUGCGACAAGAAAUUUACAGAAGAUUCACAGUUGAAGGAACACGAGUUACAAGAACACAAUAUCUAUAGAGGGAGACGUGAUGACAUAAACGCUCCGAACAAAAACGCUGAGAGGUUUAAAGACGAUGAUGAAAAUAGAAAAAUCUACCAGUGUGAACUGUGCCACAAAAUAUACUACAGUGGGCUUUUAUUCACCGCGCCGACCCCCGCCGCGGCGGACCUCAUCUCUGAGUCCGAAGCCGAAGACGAGCAGAACAAGUGUCAGGAGUGCGACAAAACCUUCGAAAACGAGGAGAGUCUCAAGCGACACAAGUUCGCCGUCCACGCUAAAGACGAAAUCCCCGUCCCCACUGAAAUUAUACACACCUGCAAGUUCUGCUGCCAGUGGUUCACUGAAAAAAGCAAACUACUUAGACACAUGGAAGUCCACAAGGUCUCACCUAAUGAAACUAUCGAUGGCCCUUACUCCUGCGACAUUUGUGACAAGCAUUUCGCAGAAGAGGCUCACUUAAAAGAGCACGAGCAGGACCACACUGUGUAUAGAACACACAGGUUACCCUCCACAGAAUCUAACCGAGAUGAUUAUGACAUGAACGAUGAUAGCUACGAUCGCGACAACAGCCCGCUCUCACAUCUCGUCGCGAGGAAAAAGGAAAAGGGAUUAAAGAAAAAGGAUAAAGGAUCUUCUUGCAAACUGUGCAAAGAACACGAGCCCAAGAAGAGUUAUCCGUGUGACUUGUGCGAUAAGAGUUUCAGAAGUAGCAACGGCUUGAAAUCCCACAUGAUGGGUCACACGGGCGAGAGACCUCACGUGUGCCAAGUAUGCCAGAAGGCAUUCAAACAUAAAGUCACUUAA